UAUCACUAGCAUCUGUUCGUCUGCUGUCUGUCUGUGUUCUGUCAGAUAGGUUAUGUUUAGGUUAUGGCUGUAAAUUUACUUCAUUAUUUCUCUUAAAAAAUUAAUAUUUUAAUGGAUCUACGAUUUUAAGACUUACCCUUUACUGGCAGCUUCACCAUGGAUGUGGAUGACAUCGAAGUUGAUGAUGAGUUCGAAGAUGCGUACGAGACUCAGCCAAUGCCAACUUCCAUGGACUUGGACACUGCCAUGCAGGAGUCUCGCACCGCAGUUCAUCUGUUCUUCAACAACAAAUUUGAUGAAGCUUGGGAGUUGCUCAGGCCAUGGGUUGGAUCCAGCAUGUACCAUACUGUAGGAAAUGCUGUGUUUCAUUUCUUAGAGGCAGUACUUACGUUUGAACCUGAAAGCAUACAAAAAGCGUCAGCUGCACUGAAACAAAGCAUCCAGCUGUGUAACUUUUAUCGCAAAAGACAGACACUUUCUGAGUCAUUUGGAAAAAUGGUGAAAAAACAAAACUAUGACCAUUAUACACCAGAGGCCAUACAUGCGGAACUCUGCUACGCUGAAUCACUCUUACUGAAAUCUAUGCUCACAUUUAUCGAAGAUGAAUCCUUAGUUAACUUCAUCAAGGGUGGUAUCAAGAUACGUUCCUGUUUUAAUUCUUACAAAGAGUGUGCUAACAUCCUCCACCAAAGACACUGGACUGACGAGACACAUAAGGUGCAUUUCGAGAGUGGGGUUCGUAUGGGCAUCGGAGCUUUCAAUCUGAUGAUAUCUCUGCUACCAAGUAGGAUAAUUAAACUUCUCGAAUUCAUCGGCUUCUCAGGUAGCAAGGAGUUGGGACUGAAGGAGCUCCACUUGGGGUAUGACCUCAAACAGGGGUUGAGACACGUCUUGUCAGUCAUGACCCUUUUGUCCUAUCACCUGAUCACCGUUUAUGUCCUUAGCCACUCUGACGGUGAUCUUCAGUUGUGCGAUGAGAUAUUAAAAUCUCAACUCAAGCUCUACCCAGAAGGUGCCUGGUUCCUCUACUUCAAGGGGCGCCUGGAGUUGAUGAGAGGAAACAUCAGUGACAGUUGUGCGUGGUACAUCAAGUCUUGGAACUCUCAGAGUGUCUGGCCACAGUUCCAUCAUCUUUGCUUCUGGGAACUCAUGUGGGCACACAGCCUAGCUCUAGAAUGGGAGCAGGCCAAUGUGUAUGCCACUCUGCUGAUGAAGGAGAGUAAGUGGUCUCGCACGACAUAUGCCUAUCAGAAAUGUUCAAUCUUACUUAUGUCCGAGGAUGCUCUCUCCACUGAAGUACAAGAAUCCAUUGAUACACUCAUGAAAAACUUACCACGCUGGAAGAAGAGAGUGGCUGGAAAGUCUCUACCGAUGGAGAAGUUCUGCAUCAAAAAGUCGGAGAGAUACUGGGCCCAGGAUAGGAAACUGGUUCUACCUGUGUUUGAGCUGUUGUAUGUCUGGAACAUGUUCAAGGUUCUGGGCAAGAAGUGGAGCCUAGUCGAGGCUGUCUUUAUCAUCGUUGACAAAACUCUCAACUUAAUGAACUCGGGGAAACUGAAGAUCAGCUCUGCGUACGAGGCUGACAACCGAGGUCUGCUGCUGCUGCUCAAGGGAGGCUGUCUGCACCAGAUGAACAGCCCACUGCAGGCUGAGGAAUGUCUGAAUAGCGUUCUUACCUUGGAAAAGAAGAUCAAGGAAGACCAUUACCUGGUCCCGUACGCCCUUGUCCAGCUUGGCAUCAUCCAUUUUCAACAGGGAGCUCAUCAGAAAGCAAUCCAAAUUCUGGAAGAUGCCAAGAAAAAUUACACUGGAUAUUCUCUGGAAUCUCGAUUGCAUUUCCAGAUACACUCGGCUCUCCUGGAAUUGAAUUCCAAAGACAAGAAGGGUUCCCACGAUGUUAUCGAAUCAACUCACAUGUGAAUAGUUACCUCUGUUGAUUUGAAAACAAUUUAUAUUGUAUCAGUUCUGUAUUUUUUUCAUCGUUAUUAUUAGCUUUAAGCAUUUCUAUUCCAUUUAUACCUGCAUUCCUUAGUUGCUUAAACAUUUUUAUUUAAAGAUUAGUCUAUAUUUUGAGCUAGUUAUUAUUUAUUUACUUAUAUUUUUUUAUUAUUAUUUAUGGACGUUAAAUAGUCUUGUACUACACAACCACAUUACUUCUUCAAAGAAGUUUGAAAAAUAAGAUUUGUAAGAAUCUGUAACGGGUAAUAUAUUAUCAUAGGAAAAUUUGAUCAAAUUUCUUUUAAUGACAAAAUAAAAUUUAUAAAAUAUUUUAUGAAACGCGUCAAAGAAAUUAUACUGUGUAGUAGAAGACGUAAUUUUAUGUUUUUAAAUGCCUUUAAAACUUAUUAGUUAAUUGAUUUAAGUAUGAGUAAGAUUGAAUAUCAGGAAAUAAUUUUAUAACUUGGAAUUUUGUUCCUAUUGAGAUCAUAUUGUUGAAAUGAUAUCUUAUUUAUGGGUGUGGUUAUCACAGUACCAUAAUGUAGAAAGAUUGCACCUUACAUUAUAUAUUUACUUUGAUAUAUAAUGAUAUAAUCUGUGUCAUUUCAUAAUCCUUUUUACUUAUGUAUGAUAAAUUUAACUUGUUGAGUUAAUUGUGGUAAAUUUAACUAUUUUAAGGGUUCUUAACAAUAGUAAUCUCACAUUACAUAUUAAUAAAAUGUAAUUUGCUGAGGCAUUGACUACCGCCUAACAGUGAAUAAACAACUUUGUAAUGUGUAUAUAUACACACACACACAGUAUAUAUUACCUAUGUUAGGUAAUUUACAUUAUCAGAUAUUUAAAUCUGAUCUAAGAAUACAGGCAGUAUUAUAACAAAUCAUAGCCUAUAAAAUAUAAUAAUUAUUUACUAAAGGAAACACACAAUUUCACAAUUUGAGACUCAAAACUUUAUGACCAUUAUAAGUAUUUUUUAAGUUUUAACUUUGGGGUUCUCUAAGUCUAAAACUAGGUUCAAUACCACUUGAGUUUCUUGAAAAAAUUUAAUUUAAUGAUUUUACGUAGGACUUGAAAUGUAAUUUUUACUGCACAUUGAGGUUUUUUACCACUUCCAUCUCCAAAAGCGUUAUUUAUAUUGGUUUAAUUUAGCUCAGAGUUCAUGUUCUUUAAACAUAUUCAUCUUUUUCGUAUUUAUUGAUUACUAAAUACAUUGUAGUUGUGUCAAAAGAUGUUAUCUUUAAAAAAAAUGUUUAAAAAAUAUUAAAACAUAUUCAUUUAAUUAAAUGAUUAUUUAUAAGCCUACAACAAUAAUGAAAAUUGUGUGUGAAAAUUGUAGAUACCACUCUUUCAAGAUAGUCUGAACAAGUUACAAAUAUCUAGUCAGAUGUGUUCUAAAGUCACUGUUUAUUUUUCUCAAAUCUGAUUUUAUUGUUUUAGUCACGGUCUACAGGACUUAAUUUGUGAAGUCAAUGUAACAGCUCAAACUAAUGUUCUAAUUUCCUUUUACUAGUUUGUGACUGUUUUAUGUAUUUGUUACAUAACAAUUUAAUAAAAAAUAAAUAAAAACAGAGAUUAAAAACAUUUUA